AUGUCUUUAAGAUUGAUAACUAGUAGUUUAUUUUCGAUUCGUAAGGCUUUUUCAAUUCCAACAGUUAUAAUAAACAGGUCAGUCUCAUCUACAGGCGCUUCAUAUGAAUGGAAAAUCUUAGCACUUGGUGCCGGUAAUAAAGCAGGUGCGGAAGCACAGAAAUCUUUAGUUGCAUUAGGAUAUAAAAAUAUUAAAAUUAUUGGUCUUGUUAACAACAAGGAAAGUGAUCAAAAAGUAAUUGCUGCACUUAAAGAACAACAAUGGGAUGCGAUAUCUAUUGGUGGUUAUGUCAAUGGUUUUGAUCAAUCUGCUCUAUAUCAUGAAAAGGAUGUGCCAACAGAUCGUGCAGAUAUACUCCACUGGUUUAAUCGUCUUCUCAAUGUUAUACAUCAACUAGCACCUGAAUCAAAAAUUAUUCUUGUUAAAUCACCACAAGAUAUACAUGAUGGAAUUCAGAGAAUUAUGGUUAAAGAACAAAACCAAAAUUGA